AGACGGAGAGAGCGGUAGCCAGACUACAGCCUUUAAACGUGACGUCUGGAAAAAAAGUCAAGUUUGUGGACUGAUCAGUUCGGGAAACGGUGUCUAGACGAACAACCCACAGAGGGACAGCUCCACCACUAAUCGGAGAAGUGUUAAGAUGAUCAUGACAUCAAAAGACAAAGUAAGCUUACUCUACGAUACAGAAAAGGGGAUGUAUUUAUCAAGUAGCGCGUGCUGUCGUAAACUGUCUCGAUACAAGACAUUAGCAUGUUUAUUUGUUGUCAUUGUUGCUACAAUACUGAUAACAUCAGCAUGUAUUUCCGAUAAAUUUUUAUGGCGCGAACACGCGUGUGAACUGACACCGUUAGCGCCACCUAAAGAAUAUGUAUCAAUGUGUAGUAAACUGAAGGACGGAAAUCCUCGGAAGAAACUGCCUGAAGCUCUUAUUAUCGGGGUACGGAAGGCAGGAACAGGGGCCAUGCGUUUUUAUCUGGACAUGCACCCUUACGUGGAAAUUGCAAAUGCAGAAAUCAAUUUCUUUGAUUUCGAGUAUCAGAAUGGGAUUGAAUGGUAUAAAAAUCAGUUGCCCAUGGCAUUACCAGGUCAAUUAACCAUGGAAAAAACAAGUAAUUAUUUCCAUAACAAAAAAACUAUAAACCGGAUUUAUAACAUGAGUUCAAAUAUCAAACUGAUUGUGGUUGUCCGGGAGCCGAUCGAGCGGUCAGUUUCCGAUUAUCUCCAACGAAAGCUGAAGGUGAGCGACAAAGAUGACGUCACUUAUCCAGCGUUUGAGGAAUUUGUGAUAGAUCAGGACACGGGAGAGGUGGAUGGUUCUGAAAAGAUCAUCACGCCUUCUAUUUAUCACAAACACGUUGUUAAAUGGCUCAAAUACUUUCCUUUGGAAAACAUGCAUUUCGUGGAUGGGGGUAAUUUGAUUCUUCAUCCGUACGAGGAGGUGAAGAAAGUGGAGCGUUUUCUUGGAAUACCCCAUUGCUUGACGCAAGAUAAAUUUGUAUUCAGCUCAACCAAGGGGUUCUACUGCGUAAAAAAGAACAAAGGUCACAGAGAAGAGACAAAGUGUCUGCCUGAAACCAAGGGCAGGCCCCAUCCGCCUAUCGACCCAGAGGUUAUGCAAAAGCUGAAAAUUUUCUUUAAACCAUUGAACCAGAGGUUUUACAGAGCGAUUGGCCGGUCUUUUAAUUGGUGAAUAUUUCUGAUGUUAUUCUUCAACAGGCAGCUCUUCCAUUUGUGAUCCUAAACAUGUUUUUUGUGUUUAAAUGUAGUUAUAUGGUAUAUGAUAGCAGUGUGAUGGUGAGUCAAUACCUACUUAACAACGUAUACGAGCGAAUGAUUUCACUUCCGUGAGGAAAAAACUUUGUGCGUCAAGAGCUUCACCUACUUUGUUGAUGUGUUUACAAAUACGGUCAGUGUAUUGGACAUUGUAUAUGAGUCCUGUGUUUAAGGCUAAAUGGCUUUAUGUGUUGUGUAAUACCCAUCAUAUGUUAAAUUUCUAUUUUUAUAAAUUUCCGCUACAUGUAUAUUUUGGUCACUGCAGUGAUCAAACCAUAUACGCACUCUGAAGUCAAUAAUUAACGUACAGUUAACAUAUUGCCAUUCGAAAUGUUACAAACCUGACAUAGUCUAUGUGAUAUGAAACUGUUAAAAGUAUUCGGUUUUGAAAGGAUUUUGCUUUUUACUUUAAAAUGGAAACUGAAUUUUUAUUUCAAUCAAUAGAAAACUAAAACUGGCUUGUACGUUUCAGUCCCCCUACUAGAAAUGUUCUUGCAUAUAGAAAAUCGAACAGAUCUUUAAUCUAUAACAUUACAUUGACUCUCAUCUCAGCUUUAUCAAAAUCUGCAUUCGAUUUGGUUAUUCAUGUAUAGGGGCUUGGUUUUGUUAAACUGACGUAUUUAGGAACAUUUCAUACAAGGCCUUAUAUAUAUAUUCGGUAGUGUCAUUCGUUUUCAUCGUUCACACAUUCCAUUUU